CUUUUCCUCCUCUUCACCGCAACAUAUAACAUACCCACGGUCCCUCUUUUCCUGUUAGCCACAUUCGCGCGUUCACUCAUUCACGCCCGUCUUGGUCUUGCCUGCUUGCUUCCUUGCCUGCACGCUCAGUCAUUCCUUUGCUAAUCUUACUGCAAUCCUUUAUCGCUCCAUCAGCACGCUCCGACACGCCGUUGAACGCCGUUACGACCUGUCUGCUCUAUCAAUACUCGCCUGUCGCAUCAUUACUCACAAACCUGUUGCAAAAUGCGUUACUCUUCUGCUUUGGUGUUGAGCACCAUUGUUGUUGGUCAAGCUGCCGCUGCCAACCUCCACAACCGUCACGCCAGCUUCCAUGCUCGCCGUCAAGCUGAGGCCAAGCGUUCCGCUGAUACUAGCAACGUCGAUUGGAGCAAGGUCGCCUACGACCUGAACGAUGUCGACUGGGACAAGGUCUUCGCAACUCCUUCUCCUACCCCAGCUCCCAAGCCAGCAGAGCCUGUUGCUGAGGCCAAGCAAGUCGAGGCUGCCGCAGCCCCUACCUACCCCUCGCCCUCCGCUCCCGCUGAGGAGAAGAAGCCCGUCGAGGACAAGAAGCCUGUUGAGGAUAAGAAGCCCGUCGAGGACAAGCCCGCUCCCACUCCUACCCCCACCCCGGCUCCCACCGACGAGAAGAAGGACCCACUCGGCGAUCUCCUCGACAAUGUAGGCGACUCCAUCAACGACAUUGUCGGUGAUGCCUUGAACGGACUCCAGUCUCUGAUCACCACCAUCGGCGCAAAGACCGGAAAGAACCCCAAGAGCAACCAGAACGGUAUCUGGCUCGGCAAGGACAGCAAGUGGAGGACCCAGUUCACCAACGACAACAACAAGGAUGCUGUCCUCUUCUGCUGGAGGUCCAACGACUUCAAGAACAUGUGCAUCAACGAGAUGCAGCCCGAGAUCUCCGUUGGUCUCAAGUCUGGCGAGUCCGUCGACAUUUCCUUUGAGGAGAACGCCUCCGCUGCUUGCGCACCUGUCUUUCCUGACACCAAGCUGGCCAUGUUCGGUGGUGUUGACAACACAUGGUUCGAGGUCACCUUCGGCCCAACUGGUGCUUUCGAUGUUUCUCGCAACAUCAACAUGAACGGUAGCAAAAUCUCUGCUAAGGGCUCUAAGUGCACAUCAGACAUGGACACUUGCGUCUACAAGUGCAAGAACGGCAUGACCACUUGCGAGAAGGGUACCGACUACGACCUCUUCAACUGCGACUCUGGCAACGGUGGUGGCGGUGGCUACGACCCAAUCAUGGCUGGUACCGGUGGCGGUUGCGCCAUGGGCCAGAGCGGCGAAGUCAUCAGGGUUGUCCUUUCAUAAGCCGUGUCAACCCGAACUUUGCGGCGUUGGCCAUCUCUUCAUGUUGGUUUGCAUAUUCCUCUUCGCCAUAUUCCCCCUUGUUCCUUGCUACUUGGACACCACUCGUCACACAAGCAAUCUUUUAGACACGGUUGUUUGGCGAGAUAUCCUAUUCGCAGUUUUGGGUACUGGUAGCCUGUCCAUUUACGCUUCCAGUUCAGGCUCUCAGUGGUCCAUGUCUAUUUAGUAAAUGUUUAUUGUUAGUCUUCCAAUCCUAUAAAACUUCCAAAAAAAGAAUCAACUUGCCUAUCUUUUCAUGCGUGAUGCGAUUCACAAUCAGCG